AAUUGGCACUUGGUAAGGGCUGAAGUGGUGGCCUAGCCUUCGUGCUCUGGUUUUGUGUUUGCUUAUUUAAGAUUUACUUAUUUAUUUGAAAGAGUGACAUAGGAAGAGAGAUCUCCCAUCUGCUGGGCCACGCCUCUCAUACCCACAGCAGCCAGGCCUGGGUGUCCCACGUGAGUGGCAGGUAUCUGCUGUCUUACAGGCAUAUCAGCAGGAAGCUGAAUUAGAAGUGCAGCUUAAGUCGCCGCACCGCAACACCAGCCCCUAUGUUUGUUUUUCCUUCUUUAUCUUCCCUGUCUUUCAAGCAUAAAGAUUACUUGGGUCUAGGGGCAGGUACUGUGGCCUAGUGAGUUAUGCUGCCCUUGGCGGCUGCAUGCUGUAUUGGAAUACCGAGUUCAAGUCCCGGCUACUCCACACUUCCAGUCCAGCUCCCUACUAACGUACCUGGGAUGCAGCACGUGGUAGUCCAAGUCCUUGGGUUCCUGCCACCCAUGUAGGGAGGCAGAGCUCCUAGCCACACCCUGGUUCAUGUGGGAAUUUGGGAACUGAAUCAGCAGGUGGAAAUUUCUCUCUCUCAAAUAAAUAAAUGAAUUUUUUAAUGACUUAUUUAUUUAUUUGAAAGGCAGAGUUAUAGAGAGGCAGAGUGGGAGAGAGGGAGAAAGAGAGCUAGCUAGCUAGCUUCCAUCCACUGGUUCACUCCCCAGAUGGCUGCAACGGCCAAAGCUGCGCCGACCCAAAGCCAGGAGCCAGGAGCUUCCUCCAGGUCUCCCAUGCAGGUGCAGGGGCCCAAGGACUUGGACCAUCUUACAUUGCUUUCCCAGGCCAUAGCAGAGAGCUGGAUUGGAAGUGGAGCAGCCAGGACUUGAACCGGCGCCCAUAUAGGAUGCAGGCAGUGGCUUUGCCCGCUAUGCCACUGUGCUGGCCCCUCUAUUUUCAUUUUUAGAAAAAUACUUACUUAAAAAAUUAAUGAGAGUGUGUAUGAUACAGGAAAAUGGAAGCGCUUCGGGGCUGACGCAUGGCGUCUGUGGGAGGGCAGUGCUGGACAGGGCGCCUGGCGCUUGGUGUGGGCGGCUGUGCUGCAGGUCAGGGAGCUGGAGGAGACAGGCGUGGGGACACUGGCGCAGCGUGUCAGAGGCGCUGCUGUCUGAGGCGGUUUCCAUGUGCUGGGACUGCACCUCAAGUAGGAGAGAAGUAUGAACAGGGGGAGUACUCUGAGUGGGCCACGUGUCUGGCAUACUUGUACGCUAAAGACACGGAACCACAGACAGAGUGUGUCCUCAUGGUCUAUAGGAAGCUCUGACAGCGCACCCUGGUCCUGGGCGCUCGUAGGGGCUGUCACCGGAUUGUCUGCAGCGACACGUGUGGUGGUAAGAGGAGACAGCUCUGUAUUUCGCAGAACAUGGUUAGAUCAGAAGUAAGGUUUUUGAAGAUUAGUGAACCUCUUCAAAAGGACCCCUCACUCUGAGUUCAUUAUUAAAUUAUUAAUGAUUUGAAAUUUCUGAUGUUACCGUGUCUGUCUGCUUGCUGGGAAAAAUACCUGGAUCUGUCCUCUCUUCUUUGGUGAACAAACCACUUGGAGCUAGUUUAUGUCAUUCUGAAAGCAUGUAAACUAGGCAAAGAAUUAAAUGCAUUGAUUUCUUUUGGUUACUUCAUUCAUUUAAAUUUUUAUUUUGAAUAGCUUCAAAGACUUCAUAAGGAUAUUUACAAUGCUAAAUGUACAAUGAUGAAUGUAUGCCUCUUGGACAAUAGGGUACCAUUCUUUGGCAGCAAUACAAUUUAAAAAAAUAUAUAAAGAUGCAGUAUCAUUUCUGAUAUAAAUUUACUUAAAAAUCCAAGGUUUUAAGGGAAUUCACAGAUCAUAACAGGAUGUAAUGAUUUUAUUAAUUUCAUGUGCACAUAAUCACCAAGUUUUAAUACAUUAAAAAUAUGUGUAAAUGCCCACACGCUGUACAGAAAUCAACACCCCACUUUUGUUAAAGGUUCCCAACCACUUCCCCUCAUAAAUAUGCAAAAGCUGUUUUCACCUGUGUCCCAGCGGCGUGCGUGACGCGUUAGCGUGUUUCCUAAAGCUCGGUCUGCUCUUCCUUAGCUGUUGUCCUGGGACAGACUGCGGGCCCUGAGCGUUACUUACUGGCCGUGCACUUGAAACUGCGCAGCGCUUUCACAAACACGGGACACGAAAUAAAUAGAGUGAAAGCUGCGACAGUCUUGUUUAAAGGCAAGUGCACUUUGGGAAGCUUUUCAAAUUGAGAGAUUAUAAAACUACUACGAAGAGUAUUUUAUUUUUGUUGUUGGCUUAGCCACUUUUAUUCAGGCGUUAUUUGCAGCAUUGCUGUACAGCAGUUGGUGCUAGGAGAUAAAAAACAUAUUUUUCCCACGAUCUGUAUUUCAGGGAGAAAAAAAACUUUCAUAAUCCUGAGGGAGACACACAUUAAAAAUCUUGUUAUUUAUUUAAAAAGUUAAAAAGUUACAUAUCAUUAUUUAACAAAAAUGCAUUGACUCUAAAAACUCACUUUGUUUCUCUAGUCCCUGUCUGAUCCAAACUCCACGGCUCCCGGACCCUGAGUGCUGGAGGCCCAGCCUGGCGCGGCUCACCUUGGUGCAGUGUUCUCGGGGUUGCCAUGGGGGCAGGCAGGGGCCUGCUGGCUGUGUCUCCCCUGCUCUGCCACACUCACAGGUUCUGCUGGAAACUUAGAUUCGGCCUCAAUGUGAAAUGAAAGUAGAGAAUUCCAUCUACACGUAUGUUGCUUCGGGACUCGUGGGUCAUGCCUGAAGAAGGAGACUGUGUUCUAGGCGGCUGACCGCAGCAGCAACCGGCGCUCUCCUCGACGCCAGGCGUCCCUCCUGCUCACUGGAGUGAAGAUCCCCUCCAGACAGCGACGAGUGACAGCCGCAGACAGUGCUGUGUGUCUUAAGGAUGUCUGCAACCUAGAUUCAUGCAGCCUACCUGUGCGGUUGUGCGAGGUGUGCCGUCUGGAAGCUCCUCGCGCUUGCCCGGCCCUGCGUCCGCGAUGUCUCUGCUCCCUGCGCUGGGCCCGGUGCAGGCCUGGCUGGGGCAGGAGCUGGAGAAGUGCGGCAUUGACGCCAUGGUCUACACGCGCUACGUCCUCAGCCUGCUGCUGCGCGACGGCUGCGACCGCGACCUGCAGGAGCAGGAGAGUGACACCUUCCUGGGCUGGGAGAAAGGAGCCUACAGGAAGUGGGGAAAGAGCAAGAGAAAGUGUCCCGAUCUGACUCUGGAGGAGAUGAAGAAGCAGGCGGCUGUCCAGUGUCUUCGGUCUGCUUCUGACGAAAGCUCCGGCAUCGAGACUUUAGUGGAGGAGCUGUGCUCCAGGCUGAAGGACCUUCAGAGCAAGCAAGAAGAGAAGAUCCACAAGAAGUUCGAGGAGUCUCCCUCUCCAGAGGCAGAGUUGUCCCCCACAGCCAAGGAUCAACUGGAAAUGUACUACGAAGCCUUCCCGCCGCUUUCGGAGAAACCAGUGUGCCUGCAGGAAAUCAUGACUGUGUGGAACAAGGCCAAGGUCUGUCCUUACUCCAGCUCCUCGUCGUCGUCCACAGCCCCACCAGCCAGCACAGGUCCAUCCUCCCCCAAGGACUGCAACAGUGAAAGCGAAGCCAUCAAGGAAAGAAGCGGGGCAGCGCCCCCCGCCGUGCACGAGCCAGCGCAGAGCCGGAGCCACCCGGAGAAGGGGAGCAGACUCGGUCACGGCGCCGCCGAGGAGAAGCCCGCCGUGUACAGGAAGCAGGGCCGGCACAGACCCGAAGGGAGGCCUCGACCUCGCUCCUGGUCUUCCGGCUCCAGUGAGGCAGGCUCGAGUUCAAGCGGCAACCAGGGGGAGCUGAGGGCACCCAUGAAGUUUGUUAAAGUAAGACACAAGGCCCGAGACGCUCGGAGCAGAAAAGGUCGGGACGCGCACAGCAGGCUGUCGCUGAAGCACGGCGAGAAGGCCGGCAGGAGCGUGCAUGCCGGGAGCAGCGGCAGCAGCAGCAGCGGGUCCCUCCGACAGCUCUGCAAGCGCGGCAGGAGGCCCCUGAAGGAGGUGGGGAGGAGAGAGGCUGCGGGCACUGAAGGCCGGGACCUGCACACGGAGAGCAGGAGCGACCGGGAGUACAAGGAGGAGCCGCUGUGGUACACCGAGCCCAUCGCCGAGUAUUUCGUUCCUCUGAGCAGGAAGAGUAAACUGGAGACCACGUACCGAGCCAGGCAGGAGGUGAGCGAGCUGACGGCGGAGGCGGUGGAAGAGCUGUCUGAGUCCGUGCACGGUCUCUGUAUCAGCAACAAUAAUAUUCAUAAAACAUACCUCGCAGCAGGUACUUUCAUUGAUGGUCAUUUUGUAGAAAUGCCUGCGGUUAUAAAUGAGGACAUUGACCUCGCUGGGACCUCAUUAUGUUCUCUGCCAGAGGACAACCAGUACCUGGGUGAUAUUCAUCUGUCAGAAUUAACGCACUUCUAUGAAGUGGAUAUUGAUCAAUCCAUGUUGGAUCCUGGUGCCUCAGAAACAAUGCAAGGAGAAAGUCGGAUUUUGAAUAUGAUUCGACAGAAAAGCAAAGAGAAUGCAGAUUUUGAGGCAGAAUGUUGCAUAGUGUUAGAUGGUAUGGAGUUGCAAGGGGAACGUGCAAUAUGGACAGACUCGACCAGCUCCGUGGGCGCCGAGGGCCUAUUCCUGCAAGACCUCGGCAAUCUGGCUCAGUUUUGGGAGUGCUGCUCAUCCAGCUCUGGCGAUGCCGACGGAGAGAGUUUUGGGGGAGAUUCUCCAAUUCGACUCUCUCCGCUCUUAGACGGCACAAUGCUCAAUUCACACUUGCUUGCCGGCAAUCAAGAGCUCUUUUCAGAUAUUAAUGAAGGAUCUGGUGGCAUAAACUCUUGUUUUUCAGUGUUUGAAGUGCAAUGCAGUAAUUCUGUUUUACCAUUUUCUUUUGAAACACUCAACUUGGGAAAUGAAAAUACAGAUUCUAGUGCUAAUAUGCUUGGAAAGACGCAGUCUAGACUGCUAAUAUGGACCAAAAAUAGUGCCUUUGAAGAAAACGAACACUGUUCUAAUCUCUCAACAAGAACUUGUAGUCCAUGGUCCCAUUCGGAAGAAACACGUUCAGACAAUGAGACGUUAAACAUUCAGUUUGAAGAAUCUACACAGUUUAAUGCAGAAGAUAUUAAUUAUGUAGUUCCUAGAGUCUCAGCAAAUUAUGUAGAUGAAGAGCUUCUAGAUUUUUUGCAAGAUGACACUUGCCAGCAAAACAGAACUUUAGGAGAAAUUCCUACAUUAGUUUUCAAAACAAAAUCUAAACUAGAAUCUGUCUGUGGUAUUCAGCUAGAACAAAAAACAGAAAACAAAAACUUUGAAACCACGCAAGUGUGUGGUGAAAGCAGCCCACACGGAGAUGGCUACAGCUCAGGGGUUAUUAAAGACAUUUGGACAAAGAUGGCAGAUAGAAACUCUGUGGCUGCAGUGGAAGCAGAAAGAGUUGACGAGGAGCUGUUUGCAACCGAUGUCAGUGACUACUGCUGCUGUCUGGGCGCUGAAGCCGAGCUGGAGACGCUGGAGGGGCCCCACAGGGCUGUGCAGAGGUCGGAGUACCACCUGUGGGAGGGGCAGAAAGGGAGCCCCGAGAAGAGAGCGUUCGUUCCCAGGGAGCUGUCCAAGGUGGGCGGGGGGGACUACACAACGCCCUCCAAACCCUGGGGCGUUGCUCACGACAAAGAGAGUGCGUUCAUUCUAGGAGGAGUUUACGGAGAGCUCAAAACCUUCAGCAGCGAUGGGGAGUGGGCCGUGGUCCCGCCCAGUCACACCAAGGGAAGCUUGUUGCAGUGUGCGGCUUCUGAUGUCGUGACGAUCGCUGGCACGGAUGUCUUUAUGACCCCCGGAAGCAGCUUUGCUCCUGGCCACAGGCAGCUGUGGAAACCCGCGGUGUCGUUUGAGCAGAGCGAGCCGCCCGAGAGUGGAGAAGGUGGGCUGCACAAGGGGUUUUCUCUCAUCUUCCGGGAAGACCUCCUGGGAGCCUGCAGUGACUUUCAAGGUGAAGACCCCGGACUCGAGUACUCGUUUUCUUCCUUCGACUUAAGCAAUCCAUUUUCACAAGUUCUUCACGUAGAAUGUUCAUUGGAACCUGAAGGGAUUGCAUCUUUCAGUCCCAGUUUUAAACCGAAAUCGAUUCUCUGCUCCGAUUCGGACAGCGAAGUCUUUCACCCCCGGAUCUGUGGUGUGGACAGAACGCAGUACCGGGCCGUCCGCAUCUCCCCUAGGACUCACUUCCGCCCCAUCUCUGCGUCCGAGCUGUCCCCCGCAGGGGGAAGCGAGUCAGAGCUGGAAUCUGAGAGAGAGGAAGCCAGUGCGCCCGUUCCUUCUCAGGCCGAUGUGUUUGAAGACCCGCAGGCAGACCUCAAGCCUCUGGAGGAAGACGCGGAGAAAGAAGGCCACUACUACGGCAAGUCGGAGCUUGAGUCUGGAAGGUUCCUGCCCAGGUUGAAGAAGUCGGGGAUGGAGAAGAGCGCUCAGACGUCGCUGGAUUCCCAGGAGGAGCCGGCUGGCGCUCUGCCUGCGGGGAAGCGGAGUCCGUGUUUGGAGUGCAGCAUGAGCGAGUCUCUGGAAGCAGAUUUGGGGAGCUCGGAAGCAAAUUGUAAGAUCAUGGCACAGUGCGCGGAAGAAGUUAGCGACUUCUGCGGCUGCAGCGCGGGCUGUCAGUUCCCUGCGUACGGAGAGAACGCAGCCCCUUCAGCGCGGCCGGAGGAGUUCCCUCUGUUGAGCGCUGACGUGCAAGGACUGAGCGGAAGUCGAGAGCAGCAGACCUGGUGGGAGAAAGCCUUGUACCCCCCUCUUUUUCCUGCGUCAGAGUGCGAAGAAUGUUAUACAAAUGCCAAGGGAGAGAAUGGUAUAGAAGAAUAUCCAGAUGUUAAAGAAAUACCCAGUAAUGAAGAGCGUCUGUUAGAUUUUAAUAGG